CUGCUGACUGAGCUAGGGAGAGUAGUCAUUCACCAAAGAGAACUGGUGGAGGGAAGGAGGCUGCCUCAUGCCGCCGAGGUAUAUCGGGAAUUAAAAACCUGACGUCCAGCGGACUCUGUCGGAAUUAUAACACAACAUAAUGCAUCUCUUUGGGAUGUGGAUGCUGAUGGCGGCUCUGCAGGUUGGUGUUCUGGGUGGACAACACAAGCGCUCCUCAAGUAAGCAGGGCUUGUUGCCAUGCACGAGGGGCUUUACUCAGGAGGAAUACAGCAUCGAAAUGGACCAAGAGCCAGCAAAGGGACAGGCCGUCUUCAACGUGAGCUUCAUUGACUGCGGUAGAGGUAAGGUGUGGUUCGAGGUUGGAGAUUCGUCUGACUUAAGAGUGAGUGAGGAUGGUGUGGUCUACACCCUGCGCCCCCUCAGCCUGGUGGGAAAGGGAAAAUCUGUGGAGAGGGUCUAUGCUCGAGACCCACAGUCCAAACAGGUCUGGAAGACCAGAGUGCAUCUCCACGUCCAUCCAAAUGGCAACAGCACAAGACCUGAACAGGUAAAACCCAGUGAUGCAACACUGACUCAGCGGGUACCAGAGAUCUUGUUUCCAUGGCGCAGCUUGGUUGUCAGGGGUGAUGGUACUCUGCGGCGGGUGAAGAGGGACUGGGUCAUCCCGCCUAUCAACGUCCCCGAGAACUCACGAGGACAGUUCCCAGAGGACCUUGUCAGAAUCCGCUCAGACCGUGACAAGAACCGAAUGUUGCGUUACAGUGUGACGGGCCCCGGAGCCGACCAGCCUCCGACCGGCAUCUUCAUCAUCAAUCCAAUCUCGGGCCAGCUGUCUGUCACCAAGCCCCUGGACAGAGAACACAUCUCCAAUUUCCAUUUGAGAGCCCAUGCAGUGGACCUGAAUGGGAAUCAGGUGGAGAAUCCCAUCGACAUUGUCAUAAAUGUCAUCGACCAGAACGACAACAGACCUGAGUUCAUACACACCGUCUUCAACGGCUCUGUACCAGAGGGAUCCAAGCCUGGAUCCUUCGUGAUGACAGUGACAGCAGUGGACAAGGAUGAUCCAAAAACUGCUAAUGGGAUGCUAAGAUAUAAGAUCCUCUCCCAGAAUCCCCAGAGCCCCUCCUCCAACAUGUUCACCAUUAACAACAAGACUGGUGACAUCAUCACUGUGGCAGCGGGCCUUGAUCGGGAGAAAGUCACCCAGUACACCCUGAUCAUCCAGGCUACGGACAUGGAAGGAAAUCCCACCUAUGGCCUGUCCAACACUGCCACCACUGUCAUCAGGAUCACUGAUGUCAACGACAAUCCCCCUGAAUUCACUACAGACACAUUCUUUGGGGAGAUUCAUGAGAACAGGUUGAAUGUCAUCGUUGCUAACCUGACUGUGACAGAUAAAGACCAGCCUCACACUUCAGCCUGGAGCGCUGUGUUCCGUAUCAUCGCUGGAGACCCCACCGGACGCUUCUCCAUCCCCACUGACCCCACCACCAACGAAGGCCUGCUGACUGUGGUCAAGCCAAUAGAUUUUGAGCUAACUCGUUCCUUCAUGCUGACGGUGGAGGCAGAGAAUGAGGUCCCGCUGGCUCGUGGCAUCCACCUGCCUCGUCAGUCUACAGCAACCGUCUCUGUACGAAUCUUGGACAUCAACGAGAGUCCAGAGUUCAGCCCCAAUCCCAAGUCCAUCAAAUUGGAGGAGGGUCUGCCUGCAGGGUCUCUGCUCACCACCUUUACUGCCCAGGACCCCGACCGCUUCUUGAGACAAACUGUCCGGUACUCCAAGAUGUACGACCCUGCUAACUGGCUGGAGAUUGACCCAGUUAAUGGUCGGAUUUCCACCAUCGCCAUCCUUGACCGAGAGUCUCCCUACGUCAAGAACAACCUCUACAACGUUACCUUCAUGGCCUCUGAUAAUGGUAUCCCGCCUACCAGUGGGACAGGCACCCUACAGAUGUACCUGCUAGACAUCAAUGACAAUGCACCUCAUGUGUUCCCUCUUGAGGUGGAAAUGUGUGAGAAGCCAGAUCCAAACGCCAUCAACAUCACAGCCAGUGACCCCGACCUGACCCCUAACGCUGGACCCUUUGCCUUCGAGCUAGCAACUCGUCCAUCAAACAUACGCCGCAACUGGACGCUCAGUCGCGUCAAUGGAGAGUACGCCCAGCUCAGACUGAGGAUUGGCUCCCUGGCAAGUGGGAUCUACGAGGUUCCCAUCAUGAUCACAGACUCUGGAAACCUGCCUAUGUCUAAUAUGUCCCACCUGAGAGUAAAGGUCUGCCAGUGUGAUCACCAUGGAGACUGUGUGGACAUGGAGCGAAUCAUCGCCGCUGGACUAGGCACCGGAGCCAUCAUUGCCAUCCUUAUCUGUAUCAUCAUACUAUUAGUGCUGGUGCUGCUGUUUGUGAUGUGGAUGAAGAGGAGAGAUAAGGAGCGUCAGGCCAAGCAGCUCCUUAUUGACCCAGAGGAUGACGUCCGAGACAACAUCCUUAAAUAUGAUGAGGAGGGAGGAGGAGAGGAGGACCAGGACUAUGAUCUUAGUCAGCUGCAGCAGCCUGAUGCCCUGGAGCCAGAGUGUAUUAAGGUGGGGAUCAGACGUCUGGAUGAGAGGCCUCUUCAUCAUGAUCACCAGUACCCCCUCCGUUCUGCUGCCCCCCACCCAGGAGAUAUAGGAGACUUCAUCCAUGAGGGCCUGAAGGCAGCAGACAACGACCCCACCGCUCCCCCCUACGACUCCCUGCUUGUGUUUGACUAUGAGGGCAGUGGCUCCACUGCGGGCUCUCUCAGCUCCCUGCACUCCUCUUCAAGCUGCGGAGACCAGGACUACGACUACCUCGGCGACUGGGGACCACGCUUCCGCAAGCUGGCUGACCUGUACGGCGGAGGGGAUGAUUAGCCCCCCCAACCCCUACCCGCAACAACCACCCUCUCCACCUCACCUUGCCCCAAAGCUCAGGUGGGGUGGGUAGGGUUAAGGAAAGAGGAUGUGGCAUAAAUAUAGGGUAUGGAUUGGCACUUAUGUAUUACCACUGGACAGCUUAUAAAGAGACUUGCUGCCCCUUGAUGACAGUUGAAGACACUUGGGACCAUUCUGACUCCCGGCCUAGCAAGGCCUGGCACCGGCUAGCAUUCAGGCUAAUGGACAUUCAGCGUUAGCCCUUAUGCUAACAAAUGUGAGCUGCCAGAGCAAUGCGCUCUGAGGGGAUGUCGUCUCUAUGAUGGUUAAGAGCUACAACAGCCAUGCUACAAACGCUCAUUUACACUUGAAUCUAACA